AACGGAGAUACGAAGCCGAUAAAUUAAUAAUAGGAUACCUUUGACAAGUAUAUCGUCAUCCGUAAGCCAAUAAUCUCGGUGAAAGGCUCUUGAGAGAUGCAGGUUCAAACUCUGGUGCAGAGUGAAGCCAACCCUCAUGAUCAACAUCUUUUUAACUACGUGUGUGACUGUUUGAUUUUUGCGAUGAACCUACAUUCCCGGAUUCCAUGGCAAAAUUGGAUCAACCUGCUUUCCGGUCUCCCCUUCACUUCUCCACCGUCAUUAGUAUGCUAUGAGUUUUCUGCUUUAACUAAAGAAAUUGAGUAUAAUAAUAUAUAGUUGUGUAGGAUUAGAUCAUAUCCUUAAUUAGGUUUGAUUUUAUAUGGAAAUGAGAUAUCUUAGGGUUUUGGAGUAAUUUUAGGGAUUUGUUAUUAUGUGUAUGUGUAUUUUCAUAUAUUAUAAAACCAGAAAAUAUCGGUGAAUAAGAAAACCAACCAGCAGAGCAGGACAUUCUGUGAUGGCGAGCACACACUUUCUGUUACAAUCCAGCUUCAAUUCCAACCCUAUGCUCCAACAAAACUUCCGCAAUAUUAUUGCUCUCGAAAGGAAGUAUUAUUAUCCUUGUUGCAUUGAAGUUUCCACAAAAUUCAAUAUCAAAUGCUUCUUCAUCAUGAGAGAUAAAAAUGGAGUGACUUGGAGGCCAAUGGAGAAUGUUGUCAAGGCAUCAUUCUUUUUGUAUGAUCAUCACCAUCAUGCUUCUCGUUGCAAAAUGAGUGGCCAGGAAUCCUCUUCUUCUGAAGUUUAUAACACUCAGACCAGCAGCCCGGCAGCAUCCUCUUACCCCAGAAAUCCGGUCCGUUAUUAUGCACAACUUGUUUUUGCUCUAACUGUCUUAACAUUUCCUGUGGUUUUAAUGUCUUACCUUAUAAUACAAAGCCUAAUUCCAGCUCAAACAAGUGUCCUCAAGCUUCAGGUUGGCCUGUUGAGUACGAAUAGAUCACUGCAAAGCGAUCUCAAGCGGAUUGCUGCUGCUGUAUCCACCUCGGGCUUGAACUAUGCAUUACAAGAGGCAACACUAGCUCUUCUUCGGCAUCCUGAUUAUUGCAUUUCUGGUUAUUCCUCUGUGGAUGUAAAGAGGAGUUUAUUUGAAUGUGAUAAACUAUUUAAUCGCUUUUCUAUUGAGGAAAGGAGUAAAUUCGAUGUCGUCAAUGCCAAUGACAUCGGAAAGAAAAGUGCAACAAGUCAGAGUUCUAAUAACGAGUAUAUUGUGGUUACCAUCAUCGUGGUUGUGGACGGUGUAUCUAAACUGCCACCCAUUAGAAGCAGUGCACAGUUGAAGAAUGCCUUGCAAAUACUGGCCUCUAUUCCUUCAAGAGAUAUUAAGAAAGUUAAGAUGUUCUGGAACCCACAACAGGAAAAUAAUUUUCUUACAGCACAAGAAUUGCUUGAAGACUAUGCACUGCUGAACCCGAUUUAGGUAAGCCGUUAUGAUACUGUCUACAUCAUCUAUAGGUGAUGAGCAGCUUGACAAGUCCACAUCCCCUUGUAAUUGUCGAAAUGGGUUUUAUACGCGAAUGUUAAAUAGAAUGUUACUUUGAAAUUUUUACACGUUUAUAGGGUGUGUUUUAUAUCUAUAAUUAAGGAGGAAGUUUAAGUUUUGUUUGUGGCA